AUGUCGGGGCUGCCUACUGGCGCCUCUUCCAGCGAAGCGAUGGCGAUGAAUUUUGGAUCAGCGCACUCUACGAGUAUGAGUAUAGACGUCUUUGAUCAGGAUAUUACUUUUGAUGAGUCCUUACUAGAUGGGGCUGCACUGCAGACUCUGCCUUUCGGCAGUUCGUACGACUUGGAUGCUUUUUCCUCAACAUUUGAAGAUCCCUUUUCAUAUUCGACUCGACAAUUCCAGCCUCCUCAGACGCAAGAUGCAUUGCAUGAAGAGUCCUCGCCGCAGGAGCCCGACAACAAGCUUCUCGGCUUUUCUGCCCCUGCCGCGAGCGCUACUAUUCUCAACGAGAACAACCAGCUAGUGGAGGUCGGCAUGACUGCUGAGCUAUAUGGUAUGUUCUUCGUUGCCGAAGACGUCUUUGGAGCAGAUGCCACAGGGCGGCCAUUAGAGUUGACCUGCUAUCGGCGUAACCUAUGGCAAUGCUCAGGGCAGAUUACCCUGCCCCGGGUAAUUAGGAAUAUUGUGAACGAGCAGCGGCAGCACAUCCAGAUAUUUGAGCUACUGGCUUCCAUUGCAGCCAUUGAAUCUAUCGAAGGCAAAGCAACUGAAAUUAUAUCAAUACCUUGGAAGAAUGCCAACCCUCAGGGCGGCGAUGAUUCAAAAUCCGUCACAGCGCCGCCAACUAUCACAUUGGAUAUCACGUCAGGACAGGAGCUUGACGCACAUCGCAUCUCUCUACCUAUAUCGUGGAAACGUCUCCAGUUUAAGCAUGCCACUGCCAACAAUGGCCGAAGAAAGGGCUUGCAGCAACACUAUGUGGUAAAGAUAAGCCUACUAGGCAAGACGCAGACCGGAGAACUGGUCAAGAUUGCAGAGAUACAGUCAGGGCCGGUCAUUGUAAGAGGUAGAAGUCCCAGGAACUUUGAUAGCAGGAAAGACGUUCCUUUGACGGGCGAUAAGAGGUUUGAGAGGAGAAGCACUUCGACAUCAAAUCUCGACCAUCCGACACUUAAGCUGGAACGGGAAAAUUCACAAAACUUUCCCCAGCGAUUUCCUCCGGCCGGUAAUCUUCAACCGAAUGACUGGUCAACCCCUCAGUCGCUAUCUCACCCACUGCCCAGUCCUCAACCGGGUGCAAGUCCACAUCCGGCAAAGCGGGUUGCCUUAUCACCGUCGAUGACCAGGCCCCCGAUACCAGCUUGGUCCAGCGACUCAAGCAAUUCUGCCAAAGCAGCAAAUGCUCACAACGGCAAAAACUCGGUUCCACGCCAGAACCCUUCUCUCCCGAUCAAUCUGUCGCUGUCCGAGGACGAAAGAAGUCCCAACCGCUCCAGUGCUGAGCUGCAUAGUCCCAAUUCCGGUAAAGGUUAUACCACAUCGGGGGCAAAUCGAGAAAACAGUCCUGCAGACGAGGGCGCCGAUCCCUUGUACGAAUACUUCCCAUUAACUGUGGAUGAUUGGAUGCCGCCUGUGGAUGCUGUGUACCGGCCACACGUGGUGCAUCACACGAUCAUGCCACCCGAGAUGAAGGCACAGCAGCUCAAGAGCAAGGCCAAACGAUACUUUGCAUCAGACUGA